AUGAAUUUUGUAAACAAACACAAAAUCAACUCAUAGUUGGCUGUGUUAUUUUAAAUUUUUGGUAAUUUUAGCAAUUUGGCAAAAAUGCGCAUUACCAGGCACUUGUCCCAGCUGUGGGAGAAGGGAACUCCCGUCGCUGGGCACCUGAACACCUAUUUCUUCUUUGCGCUGCUGCGUUUGCUCUUAGUGUUUGUGCCGCAAUUGGGCUACGUGCAUCCUGAUGAAUUUUUCCAGAGUGUCGAAGUCAUGACAGGCGAUCACUUUCGAUUGGAGCACACUCGCACCUGGGAGUUUAAUAACACGAUGCCAGUGAGGAGCAUAACGCUUCCUUGGGCUCUGCUCCGGAUACCAUGGAGUUUCUACGAAUUUGCGGCGUUGUAUGCGCGCAGCUAUUGGAAGGUGGAACUAAUCAAUAGCUAUGCGUAUUUGGUGUUUCCUCGCCUAAUCUACACGCUAAUCUCGUACAGCAAUGACUGGUGCUUGUAUCGCAUCUGUCGAUUGUAUGGACUGCGCCAUGAGAUUCGUCUGCUAGCAUUGGGGAGCUGCUGGGUGUUGCUUGUCUUUGGAACACGCACCUUCUCCAAUACUCUGGAACUGGCCAUGUGCUCCUGGUUGCUGUGGCUCGUUGCCGAGUCCAUGCUGAAGACCAAUACGGUGGUGUACAAGAAGGAAUAUCUGGAGGAGAAGUAUGACAAGGCGGCGUCGAUAAGUGAGCGUGUUAAGAUAUGGAAACUGAAAAAUGCUUUGCCGGCACACAAUCUACAGCACUUGUUCGCCAUGUCCAGCAUCUGCGUCGCCGGCGUCUUCAAUCGUCCCACAUUCCUACUCUUUGGUGCGCCCAUGGUAUUCUUCUGGCUGCUCCGCGGCAUGGGCACCCGGAGUGUCAACUUUCGGGACUUCAAUCUACGCAUUGGACUCUUCUGUGUGUGCGCCUUGCCAGCGCUGCUGCUGUUCAUCUUCUGUGAUUCGUUGUACUACCAGCACUUGACCGUCGGCGAGCUGCACAUGCUGCAGUUGGGCAUCGACAACUUUGUGUUCACGCCUUGGAAUUUCAUAAAAUACAAUCUGGACUCGGCUCAGACAGCCACGCAUGGCGUGCAUCCUUGCUAUGUGCAUCUACUGGUCAACAUGCCGCUGCUGUUCAAUGUUCUUGGCUUCGCUUCCCUGGUGGCCUUUGCUCAGCUGCUGUUGCGCUUCUUUUGCGCUGAAUACCAGCUGCUGCCGCGCUUCCAGAGCAUUGUCUCGCUGAUGUCGGGUGCCAUAUUUGUGCCGCUCUUCUUUUUGUCGCUAAUCAAUCAUCAGGAGCCACGCUUUCUGCUGCCUCUCACAUUCCCGCUGCUGCUGCUACACGCACCUAAGCUAGUUACUGGAUUCAGCGCGACAUAUCCCUUCCAGACACAGCAUCGGUUGCUUCGGUGGCUCUACGAACGAAUCCUCUCCAGACAAGCCUCAGCUCCGCAUCUCUUGCGCAUCUGGUAUGUGUGCAAUGUGGUGAUGACGCUCUUCUUCGGAUUCAUUCACCAGGCGGGCAUAUUUCCACUGGCCCAGCAGAUGUCUCGCGUGGUGGCCACGAAGCCAACCGCCACCCACGUGCAUCUGCUCACAUCCCACACAUACAGUCUGCCAUUACAUCUGGUGAACGUGCCCAGCUCGCGAGUCUUACACUUCAAUCCACAGACGCAUCAACGCUAUCGACAUCAGCGCGACUUCUUUCUGUAUGAAUAUGGAGGUCUGGCAUUGGACACUGUGAUGCACAAGGUCAAGCUGAUUUCGGGCAACUGCGAGCUGAAGCGCAAUGGACCGAAUCGACUACGAUAUAAGAUGUAUCUGGCUCUGCCUGCUUCAUUGAGUGGUGAGCUGCACGAGGCGCUGAAACGUUCGAAUGCCAGCAGCUAUCUGAACUUCGAGUUGCUGUCUGUCUUCUAUCCGCAUCUCUCGACGGAGGCCUUUCCACGCUUGCAGGGUCGCCAUCCCUGCGAUGUGGAUGCACCACAUUGGACGCAUGAUGAUUUGAAGGGCACUUGUGCCGUGGAGCAACCGCCCAACUUUAGCUUAUCCUAUUUAAGUCGACAAUUCAGCUCGAUUGUCCAUCAGUUUGGAUUAGCUCUUUACGAAAUUGACGUGCGACGUAAACAGCCACGGCAUGAAACGCAUAUGUUCCAUGAGGACACCGCAUCAGGAACGCCGAUGCCUAAGUCACCAGCGUAACCACUGGACGUGACAGUGGCUGGGUAGUUUGCAAUUCCUGUCCAAAGUGUGUCUUAUAUAAUACCAAAGAUUAAGCUAAGCAUUCACUCAAUCACAAAUUUGCUAUUCUAGUCAACAAAUGUAUUUCUUUGUAUAUUGAAUGACAAAAACAUUCCCGAUUUUACCCAUAAUAUCUUUGCCCAUUUAAUUGGUUUAUUAGAAUAAUUUUUAGACUAAUUCACAUCUAUUAUCAUUAAACGCUUUCUAA